AUGCAAUUACUUCAAGAUCUUCACGUUAUCAGCGUCCCAGUCAUCAGUUCUGAUACGAUUUCCAAGAAGAGGAUGUCGCUAGGAAAACUGCGCAGAGAUAUUAAUCAAUUCAGUGACAAGGACAGUGGGAAGCCAAUUCACCAAGUCGCACUUAUCGUUGGGAACCGUUGCAGGGACUUCGCCGCGUUCGUGCACCUGCUCAAGUGCGCGAUCGGCACCGGCGUGCUCUUCCUGCCGCACGCGUUCAGAAGAACCGGCUACGCGAUGUCCAUGGUCUGCGGCGUCAUCGUCGCCAUGAUAUGCACUCAUACGGCCGUUAUCGUCGUGCAGUGCUCGCAGGUGUUAUGCAGGCGUAACCGCGUGCCGAUGCUGGAUUUCGCCAAAACAGCGGAGUUCUCCUUCCAGGCGGGUCCGGAGAGGAUUCGAAAGUACGCCAGGCCAUUCGGCGUGCUUACCAACGUGAUCAUUUGCUUCGUGCACUUUCAGUCCGCCGUGAUAUAUAUAUUGUACGUGGCCACGUCGUUUCAGCAGAUGAUCGAGUUUUUUUCGGGAUUCGAGAUGAACCCGCGAGUGUACAUCGUGAUUUCCUUCCCCCUCACCUGCGCCUUAGGCUUCGUACCGAGCCUCAAGUACCUCGCGCCCUUCUCCGUCGUCGGCACUCUCUUCCUGUGUCUGGGCAUUUGCAUCGCGUUCUACUACUUCCUCAGCGAGUUUCCCGACCCCAAGAGACUGAACGCCCUGACGGAGGUGUUACCUGUCCCCAUGUAUUGCGCCGUCUUCUUGUUCGCCCUGCACAAUAUGACUCUGUACCUGCCGUUGGAGAACACGAUGAAGCAUCCGGAGCACAUGACGCGCCUGAUCGUCGCCAGUACGUUGCUCAACACCGUCGUGUACCUGCUUUUCGGCUUCCUCGGCUACAACAAGUACCCGAAUGCCUGCGACACGGUCAUCAAGAACCUGCCGAUGCAGGAGACCUUGGCCCAAAUAGUGAAGAUAGCCAUUUCCCUAUCGGUGCUGUUUACUUUCGGCUUAGCCUACUACGUUCCGGUCAGCGUGCUGUGGCCGAUGAUUCGCGCGAGGAUCGCCGCCGAGAACUUGCGACAUCAGCGGAUUUACGAGAUAUCGCUGCGAUUAGGCGGCGUGGUAGCGUCCACGCUCUUGGCCAUCGCCGUGCCCCAAAUGGUGCCUUUGCUGGGUCUGUUCGCCGCCUUGGGCAUGUCCACGAUGAUGCUGCUGAUCCCCAUACUAAUCGAGACGACGACCAAGUGGGCGGAAGCCACGAGGACAUUGCUCGCGAAGAACGUCGUUAUUUUCGUCGCGUGGCUGCUGAUCUUGAUUUUCGGGACGGUCGAGAGCGCAUGGUCGAUCGUCAGGGAGUACAGCGGGACGAAGCAAGAAGAGUGCUGAUCGGCUGAUCGGCCCAUCGAGUGGCUUUCGGAACAAAGUUAUGAAGAUACCGUUCGCCCGCAUUGUUACAUAACGGGCGCAGCUCGGGUCAAGCCUCACUGUCGAGGAUGUGUGAGGAGUCGCAGACACGAAGUGCGCGUCACCGUCCACGUGGAAGAGCGUCCGCGCCGGAAGAGAGUCGAGGACGUAGCGGCAGAGCAAAACUUCCAAAGCGAACACCAAAGGGAGCAGGAUGCCACACACCUGGAGAUGCUCGCUCGUCUCCGCUCAGCGCGCGAUUUCGCGUCGCGCGGA